AUGACGUUCUCGGCCAUGGGCACAAAGAUCUUCGUCUUCAUGAACCGGCGCUGCGGCCUCGUCUACGACACCGACACGGCCGUGCUGGCCGUCGGCGCGCACGCCCCUGCCAAGAUGGUCUGUGGCUUCGGCAUCUCCGUUCCCGUCGGCGACGUGCUCUAUCUAUUAACAUACCGAUACUUCGACAAGCACGGGCACCACUCGUUCGAGGCAAUGUCGUGGGCGCCCACCGGAACCGCCCCCGACGACGCCGGCAGCUGGUCCUGGAACACUCUGCCGGCGCCGCCGCCCACGUUCACACCCGCCAGCGCGUCGUCUCCCACGCCCUGCACCCGGACGGCCGCACCAUCUUCAUGA